AUGCCUAGCCUUACUGGCAGCGACGUCAUCUCGUUCAAGGAAAGAGAAACGGCCGAUCAGGCCAAACCUCGAAACGAUCUCCUUGUCAUCGAGCUGACGAUCCAGGAUAUCGAUGUAGCAAGAAUAUUAGUCGACACUGGAAGCUCGGCUGAUAUUAUCUUCAAAACCACCCUCAAGAGAAUGGAAAUCAGCUUGUCUGAAAUCGCAGAAAACCCUAGCCCGCUAGUAGGACUCUCGGGGGAAACCACCAUGACUCUCAGAUCAGUUAACCUCAUAGUUAAGGCCGGGAGCAAAAACAAAAGUCGUGGAGUUUGUAGUCAUCAAUCGCCCCGCGUCGUACAACGCAAUUGUGGGUACUCCAUGGCUGAACUCUAUGCAAGCAGUUCUGUCAACUUUCCACAUGUGCCUCAAAUUUCCAACUCCUUAUGGAAUCGAGACAAUCUGGGGAGACUGGAGAAUGUCGCAAGUGCAACCUAUCAACAACUCGUCAACCGUAUGUUUUCCGACCAGCUCGGAAAAAUUAUGGAGGUUUAUAUCGAUGAUAUGCUCGUUAAAUCUCUCGAAGAAAAGGACCACGAAAUCCACCUUAACAAGUGUUUCGAGAGAUUAAACUUGCAUAACAUGAAGCUGAAUCCGGCGAAAUGCAGAUUUGUUGUCGCAUCAGGCGAAUUCCUCGGAUAUCUCGUAACAUAUAGAGGAAUUGAAGCGAAUCUGAAUAAAAUCAACUCACUAAUCCAAAUGGCAUUCCUCAAAACGAAACGGGAAGUGCAAAGAUUGACCAGAAGAGUCGCGGCACUCAAUUGUUUCAUAUCGCGAUCAACCGAUAAAUGUCUACCCUUCUACGAGACUUUGAAUGGGAACAAAAAGUUUAAAUGGUCCGAAGAGUGCAAAAAAGCUUUCCAACAGCUAAAACACUACCUGGCCACUCCUCAUGUUCUAGCAAAACCAGUGAAGGGAGAGCCCUUAUUUCUGGAUAUCGCAGUUUCAGCAACAGUUGUUAGCAGCGUCCUCAUAAGGGAAGAACGUGGAGAACAAAAACCAAUUUUUUACGGGACGAUAAACCAUGAACCAAACUCAACAUGGAUUCUUCACGUCGAUGGAUUUUCAUCCAAACAAGGUUCAGGAAUCGGGAUUCGACUUACAUCACCAACCGUAGAAGUAUUAGAACAAUCUUUUCGGCUAGUCUUUCACGCUUCUAACAAUGAAGCCGAAUACGAAGCGCUUAUCGCCGGAUUACGGUUAGCUCACGGGAUCAAAAUACGCAACAUCCACGCUUAUUGCGAUUCUCAACUGAUCGCGAUUCAAUUCAGUGGCGAAUACAAAGCCAGAGACGAAAGAAUGCACUCAUACCUGAAACUUGUCCAAGAUCUCGCCAAAGAUUUUGAUCAAUUUGCUGAGACACGAAUCCCCCGCUCUGAUUACGCACCGGCCGACGCUUUGGCGGCCCUGGCAUCAAGCUCGGAUUCGGGCCUUAGACGAGUAAUCCAUGUCGAGUUCAUAGAACACCCAAGCAUCGGACCGCCGAUCAUCGUAAACUUGAUCAAUUCUCAAGACGGCGAUAUCGACGAAGUUAAUCUCCAUCCCGAAGAAAGCGCGGAACAAUCCGAAUACGGCUGCGAUAAACCAUGGUUAGGGACGAUCUGA